UUUAAAGGGAUGGCUUUUGACUUCCAAGCUCUGAAAAGAGGAGUAGCAAUUAUGAUAAUAGCAAAAUAGCCUACGUGUAAGCACACGCCUAAUAAUAAACCAUGCAUUUUUUAUCGUAAGGCUUGCAGAUCUCCAUUUUAGAGUACAGACAAAGAGAGAGAGAGGGAGAGACUAGAAACGUUGCUUCAGUAUAGUCGAAGUUUUCUUUCGGCCAUGAGGGUAAGUGGCUAUGAAAGCUAGAAAAAUCUUGAAACUGGAUAAUACAUCGCAAUGUGGCGCAUGGAAACUAAUUUAAUUGCUAUUUUGGACGUCUCUUGUUUAAUAUACUGUUGUGUGAUUGAGACCAAACGUAGCUAACGUGGUAUUUCUGUGAUUGUUUACUAAUGCCUUGUAAUGCGCACGGGGAAAUCAACAUGGGAGUUUCAGAAAUGUAGGCAACCAAUGACCUGCCUCACGCGGUUACCUAUGAGCCGCUCUCUUAAUGACUGAUAUUGAUAUAUGGUAAUUUUUUUUACCGGAUCACAUGACACAAUUACCUCAAGAAUCGAUCAAGAUGAAUUGCACGUCAGCGUACGUUUCCGAUUUUUUCUUCCUCGCGAGUGCUAUCCGCACGCAUAUGGUGCAAUAGAUGGGCAAAGUUUAACAGUCAAGCAGACGAUUUUUCCCCCCUCUCCACGGCUAAAGCGAGCAAUGACGGACUACGAUGAUCGCAACAACUGUGCAUCUAAUAUGUAUUUACCGUACUACGUCUCUUCUCCCGAUUUCUCCUCGGUUUCAUCGUUUUUGCCUCAAACUACGUCGUGUCAGGUCAAUUUCCCCUAUUCCUCGAACAUAGCGCAAGUCCAACCUGUUCGCGAAGUGACUUUCAGGGACUAUGGACUGGAUCAUCCGAGCAAAUGGCAUUACAGGGGCAAUUACGCUUCGUACUAUUCAACGGAGGAGAUAAUGCACCGAGAUCUCUUGCAGUCCACAAACAGAGCGGAAAUGAUUUUUAAGAACGAUUCCAUGUACAGCCAUCACGCUGGUGCUAACUCCUCGUGCAGUUUCUUUACCAACGUCGGCCGGAACGGGGUACUUCCACAAGGAUUCGAUCAGUUUUUUGAGACGGCUAACUCUGAGAAGCCCAACCCUGAGCAGUCCAAACAAAAGCCAGAUACGAGUGUCCCCGGAGAUGCUGCAUGCAACGCGUCUACAGAUAGCGCGGAGCAGACCAAACAGGACCCUACAGACACCGUGGAGGAGGAAUCCUCCGUUUCAACCUGCGAUGAAGAAAAGAACAGCGGCUCGAGUGCGACAAAGUCCAGAAAGAAGAGAUGCCCUUAUUCCAAAUACCAGAUCCGAGAACUUGAACGAGAAUUCUUUUUCAAUGUGUACAUAAACAAAGAGAAACGUCUGCAGUUGUCAAGAAUGCUCAGUCUCACAGACAGACAAGUGAAGAUUUGGUUCCAGAACCGAAGAAUGAAAGAGAAAAAGCUGAACCGAGAUCGACUCCAGUAUUUCACUGGAAAUCCAUUGUUCUGAAAGUCAUGCUAUUGGCCGCUUCAGGAGACCAAGGCUAUUCUGUCAUGCUUGUGGGACCUCAACCAUUCGUCGGACUUGACUUAUCUUCACCUCAGCCCUGUUUUUGUACCACUAUGCAAAAUAUUUGCUAUAUCAAACAAAAAAAACACACAUCAUUUUAUUCGCAACUGCACUUCUGCACAAAUUAUCUAUUGCAGUGUAUCCGCAGAGAUGGACAUUAUCAAUUGUCAGUAUCAUAGGUACCUCGACAAUCCCUUCACACUCUGUUAAUGCCAUUGGAAUGCAGUUGCUUUGUGUUUGUUUGUAUUUAUUUAUUAUGUUUUUUUUAUUUUAAAAUUUUUACUUGUUUCUCGAAAUACAUUCAAGUAACAACUCGCACUGCGUAAGCAGCAAAUAGGUUUGGUUUCAUCAAAUCAACACGUUGAGGUAAAACUGUGUAUGCAUUUAUUCAUUUGAAGCAUGUAUAUGUAUCAGUGUAUUAAAUAAAAAUACAGGACGUA